AAGAGGCAUGACGGGGGGGCACGGGGAGGGUUCUAGCUCCUGCCCUGGCCGGAGGGUCUCUGGCCGUUCUUGCACGCUGCUGGGCCGUGCCUGGGGCCACGGGGGCGGCAGGACCGACCCGGCGGGGGGGGUCGCUCGCAGCCGUGCCGACCGCCCCUGCGCCGCGUGCACAGCCCUGCGGGCGCAGAGCCGCACUGCGGGCCGGGCUGGAAGCGGCAGCGGCGAUGCUCCAGGGCUGGGGGAGCUAGGCCCCACCAUCAACGGGCGGGCGCUGGCGGUGUGCACGCUGAGGGAGGAGGAGAGCCGUGUCUUCACCUGCCGGACCGCCCGGCCGGUCCCCGGCACCGCGCUGGUGUGGUACCUCAACGGCCAGAAGCACGAAGCAAACUGCUCGGCCACGGGUGCUGCCAGCACCCUCACCCUCACUGCCCGGCGCGCCGACCGUGAGCUCAGCUGCUCCCUGACAGACCCGGUCUCUGGCAAGACCUACAACGCCUCAGUCCUCCUCGACGUGCAGUAUAAGCCAGAGAUCCUGCGGGCAGAUGCCCACUACCAGGUCGAUGGCACUGGGAUUCUCCUGGUGCUCUUUGCGCUGGUGCAAGCCAACCCACCUGCCAGCGUCACCUGGGUGGACCAGGACGGGCACGUGAUGGGAAACACCUCAGAGUUCCUCCUCUUGGGUGCCAUACAUUACCCAGGCCUAUCCAACCACUCGCUCCGCAUCCACCUCAGCAGUGCAGCUGGCAACUUCUCUCUCAGCGCUGCCAACAGUGUGGGUGUUGCCACUGCCUCCCUCCUGCCCCCAGGGCUGCUGGAUGCCCGUGUGAAGCUGCCCCUCCUGGGCGUUGUUGUUGGAGCAGCCCUGGCCCUGGGCACCUUGCUCAGCCUGGGUUCCUGCGCUGCCUACCUGGCAUGCUGCCGGCCCAAGCCAGUGCCAGGUAAGGGUCAGGCAGGAGGGAGCAGCCCGCUCGGCCAGUGCUCCCACAGCUCCGAGCAUGUGCAGCCCUGGGGCACACGCCUGCCUCGCCAGACUCAAUCCCUGCCACCCAACCUGCACCUCGUCGACCUGAUGCAGGAGGCCAGAGCUUCUCCCAAGGAUGUAAGAGCUAGUGCCAGCGCGGAGGAGAGCACACUGCCAGGGCUGGAGCACUCCUUAGUUCUCAGCAAGCUCAGUGAGGGGACGUGGGCAGGUUUUGUCCAGCUCCCGACAUCCGGGCGCGUCUACAAAAUGCCCAGCACGAGCAGUGAAGAGAUCUGGCUGUGAGACGCCACGUGGUGCCCAUGAGCCAGGGCUGCCCAGCACCAGCUGGUAGAGUGGUGCCUGUCCGGAGCUGCAUACCUGUGAGUUCUUGAACUCCGAGUAGAGGGAGAAGAGGAUGUGCAGAGGCUGG